AGGUGUACAUGGGAUCAGGUCAGAGUGAACUUGUUGACUCCUGUUAACAAAAACCUCAGAGGAGAAAAAUCAUAAUCAAUUGAUUCCUAUCAAAGAUCAUCAUUGAAUUAAAACUGAUUUUUUUUAACAGCCUUCAGACCCAGACCUAGGACUCAGCGCUAGAUUCCUGGAUAGCAAGGGGGUCUGAUGGCAGCCACAGUCUGUUUCGUCAUCUUGGUCUUACUAGUAGCCAAUACUGUAGGGAUUCGAAUUGCGAGGCAGGUUUAUGAAGUGACCGAUCCAGAUGACUGGGCUUCAGCCUCUUUUGACUGUCCUCGAGAAUGUUUCUGUCCUCCCAGUUUUCCUACUGCUUUAUACUGUGAAAACAGAGGCCUGAAGGAAAUCCCCUCAAUCCCUUCAAGAAUAUGGUAUCUUUAUCUGGAAAACAACCUGAUCAAAACCAUCCCUGAGAAGCCCUUUGUGAAUGCCACCCAACUGCGAUGGAUAAAUCUCAACAAAAAUAAGAUUACUAACUACGGGAUUGAGCGAGGGGCCUUGAGCCAGCUGAAGAAGCUGCUUUUCUUAUUUCUGGAAGAUAAUGAGUUGGAGGAGGUGCCUGCCCCACUUCCCAGAAGUUUAGAACAGCUGCAGCUAGCCAGAAAUAAGGUCUCUAGGAUUCCUCAAGGAACCUUUAGCAACUUGGAGAAUUUGACCCUCCUGGAUCUUCAACACAACAAACUUCUGGACAAUGCUUUCCAAAGAGACACCUUCAAAGGUCUCAAGAACCUCAUCCAACUCAACAUGGCCCAAAAUGCCCUCAGGAACAUGCCACCCCGGUUACCGGCCAAUACAAUGCAACUAUUCUUGGACAACAAUUCCAUUGAGGGGAUACCAGAAAAUUAUUUCAAUGUCAUCCCCAAGGUGGCUUUCCUGAGGCUCAAUUAUAAUAAAUUAUCAGAUGCAGGUCUCCCCACCAGUGGCUUUGAUGUCUCUUCUAUUCUGGAUCUACAGCUGUCUCACAAUCGACUCACCAAAGUUCCACGCAUCAGUGCUCACCUUGAACAUCUCCAUCUUGAUCAUAACAGAAUCAGAAGUGUCAACAGUUCUCUGAUGUGUCCACCCUUCCAUGCUAUGGCAGGAAUGCAUGAUUCCUUCAGUGAUGGACCCCGUCUCCGAUACCUCCGCCUAGAUGGAAAUGAAAUCAAGCCCCCAAUCCCAAUGGACUUAAUGGUCUGCUUCAGGCUCCUUCAGUAUGUUGUCAUUUAAAGCACCCCUCCUUUUCUCACCCCUAGUCACCCUGGGAGAGGGGUUUACAGGGUCAAUAUUCUGUUAUAAAAUUAAUUAUACUUCAUAGGUAGAGAUUGGUAUCCCUUUCUUUCAAUAAUUCUACUAUCCAUAUAUAUAUAUGUAUAUAUAUAUAAAUAUAUAUUUUGUUUGAUUUGGUUUUAUUUUUUUUUUAUUUACAAAGUUAAGUGGUAUAUGUUUUUUUUUUAAUUGGGGAAAAAACACUAGUAUGCCACAAUACCUGCCAUGUCGCUUUAAUUUGUGUUAUUUUUUAUUUAUAAAGCAGAGUGGUUAUUAUCAUCUCUAUGCUCUAAGAUAAUGUGUCCUUUAGCUUUUCUCUUUUUUCCUGUGAUAUUACCUUCCAGGACUUGCAAUUACACUGCUGAUUGAGAAAAGGAAGGCAAUAUGUAUACAUGCAUGCAUAUUUUCAUGUUUGAAAAAGGUUAUUUACUCAUGGAUUAAAAAGGAUGAAGGAAUGAUGGAGUAAUAAGGAAAAUAGAAUUAAAAGAAAUAAUAGAUUCUUUGUAUCUCACUGAUUUUGAAAUUUUGCUGUUGAAUUACUUUCAUAUCUUAAAAUUUGGACAUUUAGUUCCCAAAUGAUCUAGCACAGAAUAGAUAGAAAAUUGAAUAAAAAUUUUAUUACAUCCUAGAUUUAGGGUUGGAAGGGACCUCAAAGUUCAUCUCAUCUAACUGCUUCAUUUUAAAACAUGAGAAAAAUGAGGCUUGAAAGCAUUAAGAAGAUUUACCCAGGUCACAUAGGUUGUAAAUGUCAGAGCUGGGAUUAGAAUCAAAAUCUUCUGAUGCCAAAUCCACCAUGUAAAGCAGCCUCUCAUAACAUGAGAUUUCAUAUAGUAACAUUUAUUAAAAAAUAUUUUAGAACCAGAAGACACCAUGGUACAGUGUACCGACUGUAGGAUAAGGAGUCAGAAAGAGAAGAGAAUAAACAUUAAGUGCCUAUUAUAUGCCAGAUGCUAUGCUAAGCAUUUUCCAUAUCUUAUUGAACCUUCUAGGUUCAUUCCUAGAUCUGCUGCUUACUAUCUAUGGGACUUUGGAUUUCUUUUUCCCUGUCUAUGAGAGGUUGGAGUAAUAGAAAGAUCCUAGACUGAUGAUCAUAUGAUCUGUGUCUCAAAUGAUUUAAGUACUUGCUUUACAAAUGCAGAUCAAAACCCUUCUGUGCCUUAGUAAAUCAUCUGAAAGAAAGAAAGAAAGAAAGAAAGAAAGAAAGAAAGAAAGAAAGAAAGAAAGAAAGAAAGAAAGAAAGAAAGAAAGAAAGAAAGAAAGAAAAUGAAAGAGAGAAAGAAAGAAAGAAAGAAAGAAAGAAAGAAAGAAAGAAAGAAAAAAAGAAAGAAAGAAAGGAAGGAAGGAAGGAAGAAAGAAAGAAAGAAAGAAAGAAAGAAAGAAAGAAAGAAAGAAAGAAAGAAAGAAAGAAAGAAAGAAAGAAAGAAAGAAAGAAAGAAAGAAAGAAAGAAAGAAAGAAAGAAAGAAAGAAAGAAAGAAAGAAAGAAAGAAAGAAAGAAAGAAAGAAAGGAAGAAAGGAAGGAGGGAAGGAAGAAAGAGGGAAAUGAGAGAAGAAAGGAAUGAAUGAAGGAAGGAAGGAGGGAGGAAAGAAGGAAGGAAGAAUGAAAGCAAGAAAGAGAGAAAGAAAGAAAGGAGGGAAGAAAGGAAGGAAGGAAGGAAGGAGGGAGGAAAGAAGGAAGGAAGAAUGAAAGCAAAAAAGAGAAAGAAAGGAGGGAAGAAAGGAAUGAAGGAAGGAGGGAGGAAAG